AUGGUCUUUGAUGAUGCUUCACGCACCAAGUACGUAGCAGCCAGUGAUCUCAGCAUCGCAGAGAAGAUCAUCAUCAGACAACACCAACGACAGAACUUCACGGAUGCGUUCAAAGUUAUAGACAGCGGUACUCGUCACCCCCUUCAAGACCAGCUCGGACUUCGCCUGGAUGCUGAAGGACUGCUAAGAUGCCAUGGAAGGCUAGACAAUGCUCAGCUACCUGAAGAUGCGACUCGCCCUAUGCUGAUAUCCCGACACAGUAAGCUAAGUACUCUGAUCAUCCGGGAAGUUCAUGCGCGUCUCAUUCAUGCCGGAGUGUCUCACACACUUGCCCAGAUUCGACAGAAGUACUGGCUUCCACAAGGGCGAGCUGCUGUGAAAGCCGUUCUGAGUAAAUGUGUCAUUUGUCAGAAACACGAAGGGCAACCGUUCCGUCUACCCCAGAUGCCACAGCUACCAGCAGAACGAGUACAGCAGUCUCAUCCAUUUCAGUACAUCGGCCUCGACUAUCUCGGCCCAUUCAGCGUCAACAUCAGCAGUACAACACAGAAGGUAUGGGUGUGCCUCUUCACCGGUAUGGCAACCCGUGCGGUUCAUUUGGAAGUAGUGAUGGGAUUAACAACGGCCCAGUUCGUCAACUGUUUGAAACGAUUCAUUGCCAGGCGAGGACGACCUGACAAGAUCAUCUCAGACAAUGCGCCACAGUUCAAGUUGGCACAGACGUACCUCCAUCAGAAGUGGAAAAAGAUCCUAACCUGCCCUGAGCUGGCCUGCUACCUUGCAGAACACAAGGUAACCUGGGUUUUCACCACUGAGUUUGCACCGUGGCAAGGCGGUUUCUAUGAGCGACUAGUUGGUCUGGUGAAGCGAGCUUUCCACAAAGACAUUGGCCGCAAUCGAUUCACCUACGAGCAAUUCAACACAAUCACAACGGAAGUUGAGGAAAUGCUCAACACACGCCCAUUGACGUAUGUACCGUCAGAGUCGACAGAUGGAAUCAUCACGCCAAACGACUUCAUUGCCCUAACUCGCUCACUGCGACUUCCUGACGAUAUCCAGUCAGAUGACUACAUGCCCCAACGAGAUCCAGUCGCUACUAUUACGUCGCUGCAGAAGAAGCAGCAAGCUGCACUGGACACGUUCUGGAAGUUGUGGAGAAAUGACUAUAUCCUUGCACUUCGCAGCCGACAGCCAAUCAACCAUCGUCUCAGGAGGAGCCGAACCACUGAUCCCAAGAUUGGCGACAUGGUCAUGAUCAAGAACGACCAGCUACCACGUGGAAUGUGGAAGAUGGGAAAAAUCAGAGAACUGCAUGACAGCGCGCAGGACGGCAAGACUCGUUCGGCGACAGUACAGACGACCAACUCCAUCCUGAACCGACCGAUCAACCACCUCUACCAGCUAGAAGUGACCGCAACGGAGGAGAAGGAAAACGCUGAUGUCAUCGACAACGGCAGCACUGAUGUCAUCGACAACGGCAGCACUGAUGUUGCUAGCAGCAGGCCUCAGCGCAUGGCCGACCAGAAGGCAAAGGAAAGGCUCAAUGCACAAAUGCAGGCUGAGCUGGUGUCUGUAGCUUUCACCUUUGUUUCUACGUAUGUAUGUAUGUAG